AUGGCAGCGGACGGCAACUGCUUGUUCCGUGCCGUGGCCCACCAGGUGCUGGGGGACGCUGCUUUUCACCGUGACCUCAGACACCUGUGCCUCGACUACAUGGAGAAGGAGCGCGACCACUUCAGCCAGUUCGUGACGGAGAGCUUCAGUGCCUACUGCAAACGGAAGAGACGCGACAAGGUGCAUGGCAACAACCUCGAGCUGCAAGCACUGGCAGAGCUUUUCAACCGCCCCAUCCACAUCUUCUGCUACUCCACAGAGCCAAUCAACAUUUUCCAGGCAGCAUACGACUCGUCUUUGCCGCCCAUCCGCCUGUCGUACCACCGGCGCCGCCACUACAACUCGCUCGUCGACCCCUCCCAGCCCAACACCGGCGUGGGACUGGGACUCAGCGCGCUGCAGGGGGGGCAGGCACAGAAGGCAGUGAAGGCAGCAGCAGCAGCAGUGAAGGCGGCGAUGCAGGAGCAGCAGGACGCAGUGGUGGAGCAGGCACUGGUGUGUGAGGCCCAGGCGUGCUCCGACCGCCAGCUCACAGAGGAGGCUCUCGAGCUCGCUGUUAUGGAGGCCAGCUACAGGGAAAAGCGUGCUUGUGCACCCUCCGUGGUUCCAAUCCGUGCCUGCUUCCUUUUGAUGCUCCUUGCUUGA